AUCGCCACAGUUAGAACGUUGCGGUUUUUACAAUCACUGUGAUACGGAGCGAGUGGCAGAGCCCGUUCUAAUCACACCAAAUCUUGUGGUUAACUCUUUCUACUAUAAAACACACCCGAUCGGAGUGUACAAUCUAUCAGUCAACGUUUUGUGUUCUACCCAGCACAACCCCAAAACCGUGGCACAAGUGUGACAAAAGCAAAAGUCGUGUGAUCUCCAAACUUCGCUACUAACGCUCGUGCUACAUACCAACGUCGGAGUUAUCGCUCACGUACCCCGCUUGUUACAAUGUCAGAGGCAACCGAUCUAUUGGCACUGUUGCAGCGCCCGCUGGAACCAACCUUCCUGCCGAAAGAUGACGGCAAGACGGUGAUCGAUCUUCCCGAUGAGUUCCUUACCGAUCGGUACCGUCCGAUCGGGGCCGAACUGCAGUCACGCUUCUCGAACGAUGCCGAACAGCGUAUCCCGGUGCGACAGGGUGCCAUGCCGGAUCUAUCGUUCGCUGACGGUAUCGAUCGCCGUGGAGCGUUUUCGCUGUUCAUACCGAAGCAUCGUGAUGCGGCCGCUGCCCUGAUCAAUCUGUUCAUCGAACAGCCGGACGUUCCGUCACUUAUGAGUGUGGGUGCGUACUGUCGCGAUCGGUUGAACGCGGUGCUGUUCCAGUACAGUAUGGCCGUGGCAGUGCAACACCGUGAGGAUACGAAGAAUGUUAACAUCCCGUCGGUCGUGAGCCUCUUCCCGGACCAAUUUGUUGAUCCAGCCGUCUUCCCAAAGCUGCGCGAGGAAGGUGCCGUCGUACAGCAGGAAAAUCGGAUGGUGAUCGACAUUCCACCAAAUUUUACCGCCUCCGACCGUGAAGAUGAGCAGCGUAUGGCAUACUUCCGUGAGGACAUUGGUGUCAACAUGCACCACUGGCAUUGGCAUCUGGUAUACCCCGGUGAUGGCCCCGAUGCCGUUGUGCGCAAGGAUCGGCGUGGCGAACUAUUCUUCUACAUGCACAGCCAGCUGAUCGCUCGCUACAACAGCGCUCGCUUCUGUGCCAAGCUGAAGAAGGUACGCCACCUCACAAACUACCGUGAGCCGAUCGUCGAAGGGUACUUCCCGAAGAUGGUUCGCAGCUCGAACAACCGGUCCUAUCCGGCGCGUGCGGCAAACAUUUCGCUGCAGGAUAUCGACCGCAUCGACAACGGUACGAUCGUGUCGGUGAGCGAUCUCGAGCGUUGGCGCGAUCGCAUUCACGAAGCUAUCGAUCAGGGCUUCGUGCUGGAUAAGGAAGGUAAUCGUAUCGCGCUGGAUGAGGUGCGCGGCAUUGACAUUCUUGGCGAUGUUUUGGAAGCGUCCAGCCUGACGCCAAACAUGCAGCUGUACGGUAGCCUGCACAAUAUGGGCCACAAUGUGAUUUCCUACAUUCACGAUCCGGACUACCGCUACCUGGAGGAUUACGGCGUGAUGGGUGACGUAACGACGGCGAUGCGUGAUCCAAUCUUUUACCGCUGGCACGGUAUGAUCGAUGGUAUCUUCCGUCGGCACAAGGACCUGCUUACGCCCUAUACCGCCCAACAGCUGGGUAAUCCGGGUGUGACAGUGAGCUCGGUCGGUGUACAACUGUCCCGACCCAACACACCCGCCAACGUGCUGCUAACGUUCUGGCAGCGUUCGCAAGUGGAUCUGGCGGCCGGUCUAGAUUUCGGGCCGCAGGGUAAUGUGUUUGCCUCGUUCACGCAUCUGCAGCACGCACCGUUCGCGUUCCGCGUUGAGGUAAACAACGAAUCGGGAGCAGUCCGAAAGGGUACACUGCGCAUCUGGCUCGCACCGAAGGCGGACGAGCGUGGUACAGUACUUAGCUUCCGUGAGCAGCGUCAGUACUUCAUCGAGAUGGAUACUUCCACCGUAACGUUGAAUCCUGGAAUGAACACGAUUGUACGCCGUUCGGAUCAAUCGAGCGUUACUAUCCCGUACGAAAGGACGUUCCGUGCCAUCGGUACUAAAUCUGUCCCGACCAACGCAGACCAACUGGCUCAGUUCCGGUUCUGUGGUUGCGGCUGGCCACAGCACAUGCUCAUCCCGAAGGGUGCACCCGAAGGUGUACAGUUCGAUCUGUUUGCCAUGGUUACCGACUAUGAGGACGAUUCCGUUGAACAGGAGCUCGAUCCUAACGCUCCAUGUAACGAUGCGCACUCAUUCUGCGGACUGCGGGACAAGAAGUACCCGGAUCGUCGCGCUAUGGGUUAUCCGUUUGAUCGCCGUGCCGCAGAUACCGUACGCACGCUUGAUGACUUUGUCUCACCGAACGCCAACAUGAAGACGGCUACGAUUCAGGUGAAGUUUAACAACACCGUGAUCGCGCGCACUUAACUCAAUGGAAAUGUGUCUACAUUGAUGGCAAACGUUGGAAAUUCGGAUUGAAAUUUUCUUUGAAAAAAGAAAACUUUACACAAAAUAAACAAGCAUAUAUAAAAUUUUA